AUGAGUAGUGAAACGCAAAUCGCAAGUAUUGUUAAUGACAUACUGAAAGUGGAGGCUAUCGAAGAAGCAUUUAGUUGUGUACUUGUCCAUCAUCCAGACAGUGAGAGUGAAAAAAUCAAAACAUGGCAAUCAGAAUUAUCUUCUGCAAUGACUGGAUUAACUCCAGAACAAAAGGAGACUGCUGUUCGUCAAUUUCUUUCCAUGGCAGCUGCUAUGACAAAUCAUAGUAGAUUGCAAUUGUUAUUGUCCCUCCUUGAAAAUUUAGUUAACAAGAAUGUUUUACCAGCCAGAUUGGUUUGCGAAUGUAUUUUAAGUUGUGAUAAACUUCAAUACCAGUUGGAAGACUUUUGGGUCGAAUCUUUUAUUCUUAUAAGACAUAUUAUUGGCGGAGUAGAUUACAAAGGUGUCAGAGAGAUUAUGAAGGGAUGUAGAGAGAGAGCUCAAACUAUUCCAGCAAGAUUAAACACAUCGGUCCAACCACAAUUAAAAGCGCUUGAAAAUGUUAUUGAAUACAUUUUUGACAGAAAUGCUUGUCUGUUGCCUGGCUACUUUAUAGUCAAUGAAAUACAAAAAGCUUAUCCUGACAAUAAAAAUUGGCCCCACUGGAAGUUGGCUAAAUUAUUAUCCAGUUUUGUUGAAAGUUUUCGAGCAACUGCACAGAUGGUAUCGAUAAUUGGACACUCAAAGAUGCUACCAGUUGUUGAACAUACUGGAUACGCUGAUCAUUUGAUCAAUCCAUGGUUACUGGAUCCUACCACUCUAAAAUUUUCUCUCAAAGGAAAUCUCCCUUACGACCAAGAUUUGCUUAAACCUCAAACAGAGUUACUUCGAUACGUCUUGGAGCAACCGUACAGCAGAGACAUGGUCUGCUCCAUGCUUGGUCUACAGAAACAACACAAACAACGAUGCAUUGCACUAGAGGAACAGCUAGUGGAGCUUGUCAUUUUGGCGAUGGAGAGGUCAGAAAAUGAUCCUCCACCUGCAGAAGGUACUGAUGGUACCGUUGCGAACCAUUGGGUCUGGUUGCAUCUGUCAUCGCAACUCAUAUAUUUUGUACUUUUUCAAUUCGCCUGUUUCCCAAACAUUGUAAUGGCAAUACAUGACAAACUAGCAGGUCGAGAAUUACGAAAGGGACGAGAUCAUCUGAUGUGGGUUUUAUUACAAUUUAUUUCUGGAAGUAUUCAGCGAAAUCCACUUACAAAUUUCUUGCCAGUACUUAAGUUAUACGAUCUUCUCUACCCUGAAAAAGACCCUCUACCAGUGCCUGACUUUAGUCAAGCGUUAUGCACUCACCAAAUGGCUAUCACAUGUAUUUGGAUCCAUUUACUCAAGAAAGCCCAAUCGGAGCAUGUUAACAUUCACAGACCUAUUCCACAUACUCUUAAAGUUCACCACGAAUUCCUCCAGCAUCUUGUCAUGCCAAACACAUCAUUGUGUAUGGGAUCGGACUACAGAAUUGCCCUUCUAUGUAAUGCUUAUUCGACAAACCAAGAAUAUUUCUCAAGACCUAUGAGUGCACUCGUUGACACUAUAUUAGGAACACAAAAAAGUCAGCAACAACAACCACUGCAACCUCUGCAGAAUAAUGCAGCACUUGCCAAUGGACCUACGACUCCAUUGUCUAUGUCAAUUCUAGACUCUUUAACGGUUCAUUCCAAAAUGAGUUUGAUACAUAGUAUCGUUACACACGUAAUCAAAUUAGCUCAAUCCAAAAGCAACAUGGCUUUGGCACCAGCUCUCGUAGAAACUUACAGCAGACUGUUGGUCUAUACAGAAAUCGAGAGUCUUGGAAUCAAAGGCUUCAUAAGUCAAUUGUUACCGACUGUAUUCAAAUCCCACGCAUGGGGAACACUGUACACUCUACUGGAAAUGUUCAGCUACAGAAUGCAUCACAUACAGCCGCAUUACAGAGUCCAACUCUUGUCACAUCUUCAUAGUCUUGCUGCUGUGCCUCAAACUAAUCAGACUCAGCUGCACUUAUGCGUUGAAAGUACUGCCCUUCGGUUAAUUACUGGCUUGGGAUCUGCUGAGGUACAACCGCAAUUAUCACGAUUCCUAUCAGAACCGAAAACACUUGUGUCCUCAGAAUCCGAAGAACUUAACAGAGCAUUGGUUCUUACUCUUGCAAGGUCAAUGCAUGUGACAGGAACGGGUGCUGAUACUCUUAGUGGUACAUGGUGUAAAGAAUUGUUAAACACUAUCAUGCAAAACACACCACAUUCUUGGGCUAUGCAUACACUGCAGUGUUUUCCACCGGUGCUCAGUGAAUUCUUCCAACAGAAUAGUGUCGCUAAGGAAAAUAAACAGCAAAUAAAGAAAGCAGUAGAAGAGGAAUAUAGAAAUUGGGCAUCGAUGAGUAAUGAAAAUGAUAUAAUAGCACAUUUUUCUGUGCCUGGUACACCUCCAUUAUUUUUAUGUCUAUUGUGGAAAAUGAUUCUUGAGACUGAUCGAAUUAGCCCAAUCGCUUACAAAAUCUUAGAGAGGAUAGGAGCAAGAGCUUUAUCAGCUCAUCUUCGAAAGUUCUGUGAUUACCUAGUGUUUGAGUUUGCUAAUAGUGUUGGUGGACAACACGUGAACAAGUGUGUAGAUACUAUUAACGAUAUGAUCUGGAAAUAUAAUAUAGUGACGAUAGAUAGGUUGGUUCUGUGUUUGGCUCUAAGAACGCAAGAGGGCAGUGAGGCUCAAGUCUGCUUUUUUAUCAUUCAAUUACUUCUUCUGAAAGCACCAGAAUUCCGCAACAGAGUGCAGGAAUUUGUAAAAGAGAAUUCACCAGAGCAUUGGAAGCAAUCAAACUGGCACGAGAAGCAUCUUGCGUUCCAUAGAAAGUAUCCUGAGAAAUUUGCACCCGAAGGUAUCAUGGAACAAACUAGUGGUGGUCCGAGUCAAUAUCAAAGUCUACCAGUAUAUUUUGGAAAUGUAUGCUUAAGAUUUUUACCAGUAUUUGAUAUCGUGGUACACAGAUACCUAGAGAUACCGCCAGUAUCUAAGAGCUUGGAAAUACUGUUGGAGCACCUAGGAUGCCUUUACAAAUUUCAUGAUCGACCUGUAACGUAUUUAUACAACACGUUACAUUAUUACGAAAGAAAAUUGCGAGAUAGGCCGCCAUUAAAACGUCGUUUAGUAUCAGCUGUGUUAGGAUCCUUACGAGAAAUUCGUGCACCAGGUUGGGCACUGUCAGAAGCUUAUCAAGUGUAUAUGGCUCGCUCUACGGAUGACAGUGUUACUUGGGUACCUGAAUUAGAUUAUUAUGUUAGACUGGUGCAGCGAAUCGUGGAAACAAUGUCAGGAACGGCACACUUCCCAGCCACCGAUUGGAGAUUCAACGAAUUUCCUAAUCCAGCUGCUCAUGCACUCUACGUUACCUGCGUUGAACUAAUGGCUGUACCAGUUGCACCGAACCUGGUGGCCAAUUCUUUGCUGGAUGUCGUUGCCAAAGGAUACACUGUGGUUCCGUCUAAAGAAAUUCAUCUCUGGAUCAAUUGCGUAGGACUACUAUUGGCAGCAUUGCCUGAAUGCUAUUGGUCAGCACUUCACGAUCGACUUGUGGAAACAAUAAAUAGCCCUGGAUUAGCAAACUGGCAAUACAACAAUCUUACGCCAUUCCAGAUGUUCAAUUUUAACAUAACGCACAACAGUCUCUUGGAGAAUAAAUAUAGUUAUAUGCUCGCGUUAGCUCAUUCCAUUUGGCAUCAUGCUGGAGUCGGACAAAUCACGACAAUGCCACAAUUCAUUAAGGAGAAACUACAGCCUGUUGUCAGUAGCGAGGAGCAAUUAAUAUUUGCUUGUCAUUUAAUUGGACCCACUUUAGCAAGAUUUAAUGCAGAAAGGCCAAGAUGUGUUGUCGAACUGGCUGUCAGUUUAUAUGAAAUGCUGGAGCAAGUUGAUCGGACACAAUCUCACUUAAAAUACAUGGAUCCAAUAUGUGAUCUACUUUAUCAUAUAAAAUAUAUGUUUGUCGGAGACAUGAUGAAAACUGAUGUGGAAUGCAUAAUAAGACGAUUGAGGCCAGCAUUGCAGAUGCGUCUACGUUUUAUUGCGCACCUGAAUAUAGAGGAGAUUAAUUCCUCCUGAGGAAAAACAACAGUGCCGCAAAUGUUACCGUGUCCAGUUAAUCGAGAUCAACUACAACAGCAACAACAACAACAGCAACAACAACCACAACCUCAACCAUUGCCAACAACAUCAGGUCAGUCGGUGACAUUUGCAUCAGCCGGAAGUCAAGCAGAAUCAACAAGUGCUCCGUAAUUAAUGAAAAGAUAUUUCAAUUUUUCUAAUGAGUGACAUGCAUGAUAUAUUGAACACUGAAGUGCUAACGAGAAAUCUACCAGAGAUUUCUUGCCAACUUAUUUACUUUGAUCGGAGUAAAUAUAGUGGGGGAUAACAGAUACUGUUACGUAAGCUAAUAACUACAAUUAAUCAGUCGCGUAAUCACUACAGUAAAUGUAGGUUUUAAAAUGGAUUAAUUAGUUCAGUGCUGGAAAUGAAACACAAGACAAUGUGUAUAUUGUGAUUAAUAUAUAUCUAUAUACAAUGCAUAAUAUACAAGCUUAUCCAAUUCAACUGCAUUAGUCAACGUUUGACAGAUCUCAUGCUAUACUUUUUGGUAAUACGUUUUUAUUGUUAAAAACACUUUUUCAAAAUUUAAUAUUCAAUGCGUUUGAAUUAGAAUAAUCUUGGAUAUUAACCACCUUGUUGAUUACUACAAAACAUACUACGAUAUCUUUUUCAAAAUUUCUACAUGUUAAUACGAAACGUAGAUUAAAUAGUGGGAUUGGGUAAUCAUUGAGAAGUACGAAUGUAUUUCAUUACGGUAAACUAUACUGUAAUGGCCUUGGGGUGACUCUGAGGAUGACUGGUGAAUUACGAGAUUAGGAAAUAAGGGCGAAUAUGCAGUAUCAACAUAAUUUCUCUUUCAAAUGUAUUCAGUAUUGAUAACAGGCCAAUAAUAAAUAUUUAUAAAAUUUUAUGGAAAAUAAAUACUGUAAUAAUUAAUAGCUUGGAAUAUCGUAUGUAUGGAUAAUAGUACAGUUGUAGAACUGCACAUGGAACUUAUGUAUAAUGGAAAUUAUGUAUGUAUGUCUCUGAUAAGCGUAGAUAUUUUGCAAAUAUACUUUUUUUUACGAAA